AUGACUUCGGACACUCUAUUAAUCUCCUCCCCACAGCACACCUCGCACACCGAUGGGCGCAACGAGGUCACCACGCGGCCCGGACGCUCAGGCGCCCGCUGCCGGAACUCCAUCGCCUCGUGCACCGACGAGCAGCCGCACAUCGGCAACUACCGGCUGCUCAAGACCAUCGGAAAGGGCAACUUCGCCAAGGUCAAGCUGGCGCGCCACAUCCUCACGGGUCGAGAGGUGAGACACCUGCAGACACAGGAGGCACCUGCCAUGUUUGAUAGCACAUAUUCUACUUUGUUUGGCUAGAAUAGAAUUCAGUAAUUGUUUCUACUCAAUAGUUUUUUUUUUCUUUUUUUCUUUUACCAAAGUUAGUUAGUGGACUCACCUCACCCUUGCUGUACUUGACAAGUCAAGGGGCAAUGCACUGCACCAAUUGUAACAAUAGUCACUGUAAUUGAAUUUUGUUUGUUGGUGAAACAAACAAAAUGCAAGUUGGGAAAUUUUUAUUAAAUGUACUGUGCUUAAACACAGUAAACAAACUUACUGAAGCAACAAAAAGGAGGCAAAUUGUAUUGAGAACCUCUCCAGCCCUCCGUUCUCCCAGAAUGCUUUACGCACUCUAAAAUUGCACCUUGGCAAUCUGAGAAACAAGUUUGUUGUCAUUGAGUGGCCCUCCGAUAGGCAUGCCACUUCCUGUGUUGAGUUAGGAGUGGUUUCAGCAGGAAGUGAUUGUUGUCCUUUACUCUCUCUUGACAGGUUGCCAUUAAAAUCAUCGACAAGACACAGCUGAAUCCUACCAGUCUUCAAAAGGUAAAAUAAAAACCUGUCUUGUCUCCCUAUUGAACAGUACACAGCCUUCUCCAACGUUAUUUCCACGUUAGUGUUGUGGAUGACUGGGAUAUCAUUAAGCCUGCGCUGCAGUAUAUAAUAUUUCUACUUUGAAAGCGGUAAAAAGCAUUAGUACAUUAGUAACACUUUUAUGCCCUAUAUCCGUUAUGUAUUAUACAAUCAGUCUGGUUUCUAUUUUGAUGGCGGUGCCCUGUGAGUGUGUGGGACUUCCCUUCAUCAAGUAGCCCUUGAAACUAGUUUUGUACCGAAAUGCACAAUUAUAGCUAACUAAUACGAUUCCCCGUGGGAUUCUGACAUGUUGUCAUUCUGGGUGCUACAGUACGUGUCUUGGCAGCACAACUAGCUUAAUUUCAGUGUGUGUAACCCACUAACUUCCCAGCAGACUCAGCAUUAGUUUGAGCAGAGGCGCAAAGUCCAGACCCCCUUAAAGGUCUAAGUCGUCGUACUGCACUGCACCUCAUGGCGGGAGGAAACGGGGUAAAGUGGCGGCUGGUAGUGGAACCCUCAGCGGACUUGGAUUUCAGAGGCUGCUAAUAAUACCCUCGGAGGAGAUAUCAGAAUUAGAGGCUGGUGAAAGAACAGCGCUGGCCCUGCCGACAAGGAAAGAGAAUCAGCAACUGUGCUGUAGCGGGGAAAAGGAAAGGGGAGAGGAGGCCGUUGGAGGGUCUGGAGCACACAGUACCAAAACCUUCCUCCUCAAGGCCCAUUUUAUUAUUAUACUCUGAUGAAAGCUGAAAUGAUCCGAUGCUAAAACAUGCCAGCUGGCCCAAAAAUAAAUGUAUGGUGAGGUGACGUCUUUCUGGACUUUUUUUAUUUAAAAUACUAUUUUGAGUGCCGUAACUUGGACAUCAUGACCUUUUCCCCUGAUAAUGUUUUGUGGCAGAGUAACCAUAACCCAAAAUUAGGGCACGUGCCAACAAGUAAUAUCAUAUAUACAAAUACAUUUCGACCCACAUGGAAUUGUAGUAGACGUUGCUAUGGUGCCCCUGGGUGGCAAUUUACCAGACUGCGGCUACUGCCCUGUCCGACCCCCUUCCUUCAGCUAUAUAGAUCAGACUGUCACAUUGGGGUCGGUGUGAGACUGAUGAUGUUCAUCCCCCCGCCACCCCACCAACUCCUAUAAUUAGCCAGCACUUGUUUUUCCAGGCCAUCGAUUUGGUUUGCUUUCCAUUCGCUGGCCAAUCGACAGCCCGUGGCUUGAACUGUGGGUAUACAGGAUGAGAGGAGAGAGGGGAUGGACACAAGGACGAUGAAGGAGAGGAGAGCGGGCGAGCGUCAUGCUGCACUCUCUCUAGUUUCUCUCUCGCUCUCUCGCUCUCCACCCGGUUGCUUAGCACUUCACCAGGAGGCACACUGCUUUCUGGGUCGGCAGGCAAAGCCAACAGGCAUCUGAGUGAUGAAGUGGUUAUAAACACUUUCUGGUUGCUGCGCCGUUGCGUAACUGAGCCUCCAGUGGGCGUCCAACGGAGCCGGAUAGGGUCGGCUGUGCUGUGUGCCCAGGAAGGCAGGUGGUGACACGGGGCACCACAGUUCUCUGAACAAGCUUGAUGUGUCCUCAUAACACUUUUUGUCCUCAAAACACUUUAUGUUCUUACAACGCUUUAUGUCCUCACUACACUUUAUGUCCUCACAACACUUUGUCCUCACAACACUUUGUCCUCACAACACUUUGUCCUCACAACAUUUUGUCCUCACAACACUUUAUGUCCUCACAAAACUUUAUGUCCUCACAACGCUUUAUGUCCUCACAACGCUUUAUGUCCUCACAACGCUUUAUGUCCUCACAACACUUUAUGUCCUCACAACACUUUAUGUUCUUACAACGCUUUGUCCUCACAACACUUUGUCCUCACAACACUUUAUGUCCUCACAACACUUUGUCCUCACAACACUUUAUGUCCUCACAACACUUUAUGUUCUCACAACACUUUGUCCUCACAACGCUUUAUGUCCUCAUAAAGCAUUGUCUGAUAAGUCAUAGUCUCUAUGGUCUGGCCCUUCCUCCCAGUACUGGUCACUGAGGAAUUAUUAUCUGUAAGACCUCUGAGUCCAUGUUGAAAGGUCUGCUCAGUCUGUUCAACUGGAUUACUAUGGCAGCUUUGGGACAAAGUUAGUUGAUCAGGACUUGAAGGAUACGAGUGGUAAUACAGUACACAGUAAAUGCUGUAGUGGUAAAUCAUUUUGAAUGUUAAACUCACCUGAAUACCCCCAAUGGGAACUAUAUAAAGCCGUCUCUCUUCACUGCUGUUAAAUGGAUCUGUCAUUCACUCUCAUGUAAUCUUUGAACAUUUCCAGCAUUUAGGUGGAAAGUAUGUCCAGCCUUUUUUAUUUUUACAUUUUGUAUUAUUUGUAAUUCUUUUUUUACAGCCCAUCUGGGCAUCCUAAAUUAAGGACCUCAUUCAGACAAAGGGCACCUUUGUCCAGCUAAAACAUUUUCACCCCUCCAGCCUUCUUUACCUCCCCUCUUGCGCUCAUCAGUUUGUUUCACAGACUCGUUCGCUGCAGCUAUUUUUAUUUGCGUUGGUGUGACGUGUGACCUCUUAUGUAAUUGGUGGGAGUGGGAGGAGAGCCUCACUGCGGAGUCAGUCAAUCUUACUGCUUUUAGAAGCAAGUGGUUUUAUUAAGACCGGGGUCAGGGCACCGGGACGUGAAUACAAGUAGCGGAGGAUGAGUCUGAAGUAUACCAGUGAAAUCCUUCAAACACAUCAAGGGGGAUCUGCUAGAGGUGUGAUGACGUCACCCUUACCUGGGUGUCGUGAGUUAUGUUAGUCAGCCAUAGGAUGUGUGGGGGUGGAAGGAGUGGGCGAUAUUGGUCAGGAGAAUUGUUUGCCAGCUUUGGUAGAUAACAUCAGUUGAUUUUACCUCUAAAUGUUAGUGCCAUACACACAGUUUGUAUUCAGACACUAAUUACUAUCAUUACUUUUACAUUUUAGUAAUUUAGCAGACGCUCUUAUCCAGAGCAACUUACAGUUAGUGAGUUCAUACAUUUUUAAAUAUUUGUUAUAUUUUUUUUUAUACUGGCCCCCCGUGGGAAUCGAACCCACAACCCUGGCGUUGCAAGCGCCAUGCUCUCCCAACUGAGCUACACGGGACAAGUCAUUGUAUCUUGUCAGUGUCAGCUCCGUAUCAACAUAGCGGUUUCACAUUCAAAAUGUUUUCACACUGUUGUGUUUAUGGAUUGAAAUGAGUGUCUACACAAUAAUCUCUAUUAUUCCACUAGUAUGAGGCCGUAUUCAAUCCAAGCUGGCCACAGUGAAUUUCUGGUGGAAAGACGAAACGAUAGUCUGCCUGUACGGUGCUGCAUGUUUGGAUGAAUAUAAUCAGGAAGAGAAUGAUUCAUGUGUGAAACAAAAAGAUGCCCAAUUAUGGUGUUCAUUCAUCUUCCUCACAGUACGGGAAGAAGGAUUUUUUGCUCCAAACCGGGAAACUCCCAGUUAACGCUUUUGAUUGAAUAACAACCUUUCGUUUCCAACUCCUCCACAUACUGCAAUUACCCUAUUGUGGAAGCAGAGGGGCGAGCAGGUACUGUAAGGUGUUUUUUGUAGGUGUAACCCACAGUUUUGGGACCGGGACUACAGUUAGCGAUGCCUCAGGAAUGCGUGCGCCGGAGCGAACAGGGUUGUCUGGCGGCCCUUAGCUAUGUUGGCCAGUCCCAUUUUGCUUCUGGCAAGGCAGUGACCUCAUUGGCGUUGACAUCAGCCAGUAGCAGAAAGGGACGGUUGCUGUUAUGUCUGUGCCUCUCCAUUUGUUUACUCAUCUGUUUAGCUGUUGUGUCUGGGCUCGACCUGCAUCUUCAUAACGUCUGAGGGAGCUGUCUUGCUUUUGCAUAGUGCACUCUAUUUUGUGGGUUGAGGGGGGGGGGGGGGGGGGGGUCAUUCAGAUUCAAAAUAAGGAUUGCUUUCAUAGGAUGUUAGGAUGAGGAGCCAGCCAAAUGAAUUAUACACCUCUGCUACCAUUCUAAAGAAAUGAGUGUCUACGGUGAUGUGUCGUAUGACAUCCAUCACACUUUAUCUUUAAGAGAUCCACAGACGCCCAUCAUCCAAGGGCUCUGGGAAGAUUGAUUGUGUGUUUCUUUGUAGUCCCAACAUUACUCAAUUUCCUCCGUGUUCCUUGCCGAUGUCUUCUGCAGACUGAGUCACCAGACGUUAUGUAUCACGGUGUGGGUAGCAGCUGCAGAGUAUUCUCCUAUCGGGAGACGCGCUAGAGGAGAAGAGGUGGAGAGAGAACCGAUUUUGGGGCACCCCCCCCCCCACAAAAAAAUAUCACUUUCCCCAGCCACAAAAUUCACAAAUUCUGUUUUAAUAGCUUUGAAUGACUGUAAAGGAAAUAACUAGGCCUAUCUGUGUCAGUUGAUGUGGAGUUGAGUCCUGGUUAGAGUCAUGAGACACUGAGACUCCGACCCCUCUGGAUGCAAACGUCGCUGCAGGGCAUUAGUCUGCCUUAGCUGAUGUCUACUCCCCCAGAUGUCGUUGUUGUGUCUGUGAAGGAUACAGGUGGCCGCCCUCCAUGGGGGAAGCGCAGGCCCGUAAGUGGUUCCUCUCGGCCCGGACUCUCCCUCUCCUCUCUCUGGCACUCCAGAGGCACACUGCCAUCAAAUGUUUCUGGAACAUUCCCUUUCCUGUUUUUCUUUCUACAGGAGAGUGAGAUUUGUUUUCCCUGUGCAAUAUAUAUAUAUAUUUUUUCCCCCUUACCACUCCAUAGUGCAGCACCAUCGUCACCACAGCUUUAGAGGCAGUACUGUGACGGGAUUGUUUUUGUUUUAUUUUUGGGUCGGCACGGCUGAGCCGCCGUCACACUGCACGUAUUAUCUUCUUUCCUCAUAAUUCUUUUUUCAGACAUUUGACCUCGGAGGUGCUCAUGUCUAGGUCGUAUUUGAGGUGCCAGGCCAGGCGACGGUCAGGGCUGGGGUGCUGUGGCUGCGUUAAAUCUCUCCAGCAACCUGUCUUUCCAUGACCCUCCAUGACCCCAGGCAGACUCAGGCAAUCCUCGCUACCACACCACACCCACACCACCUAGCCAGACUGCUUCCUUCCUCCCGGGCUCUGUUUGUGAAGCGAUGAGUCACCACCCGGCGCUAAGGGCGUUCAUCAUCCAUAACCGAGGAUUGUCUUGA